CACUUGACAUUUACUAGCUGUGUGACCCUGCACAAGUCACUUAACUCCAAUUACCUAAAAAAACAAGACAAAAACCUCCAAGGAAGCGCCACCUUCUCCAUGCAGCCUCUCCUGAUGCCCCAGUUGCUCGGAUUCUUCCUCCCAAGAAAAUACCUGCUAGUUUUUCUUCUGUCUUAUGCAUUUGCCCCCAUACGUGCGUGUUGCCACUUUGACUGUAAGGUAGAAUCAUAGGGUUAUGGACUGAGAAUUGGAAGGGCCCUUAGAAGCCAUGGAGUUCAGCCACCUCGUUUUACAGAUGAGGAAAAUGAAGCACAGAGAAGGCGCAUGGCUAGACUAGCCACGCCUCACAUUGCUAGAGUGGGAAGUGUCUGAGGCAGGAUUGGAACCCAGGUCUUCCUGAUGCCAUGUUUGGUGUCCUAUCCCUUACAUCGCACUGCCUGUCAGGCGUUUCGCUCCGCUUGGUCCAUCUUCCCAUCCCCUCUGUCGCUCUCUCCUUUAAUUUCAUUUCCCUCACUCAACAAACCUAUGUUGAACAUCUCCUGUUUGCCUUGUAGAUGCUGGUGUUGGGGGAGAGGAAGAUACAAGCGGUAGCAGGCGGGCCACAGUCCGCCACCUUAUACCUUUCCACCACAGGCUUUCCCUGCUCAGGUUCCUGGGGAGUGAGGGGCAUGAAUCCCACUGGGGGACAGACCUCCCGGCAAGCUGGGUCCGGGGGACGGAGGACCCGGAGACGCCGAGAACAGGACCAGGAUGUGCGGCUGUCCAAGGCUCUGUCCUAUGCCCUGCGUCAUGGGGCCAUUAAGAUGGGGCUGCCCAUGGGCUCAGACGGCUUUGUGCCCCUGGACGCCAUUCUUCAGCUGCCUCAGUUCCAGGCCUUCUCCUUGGAGGAUGUGCACCGCGUGGUGGAAACCAAUGAAAAGCAGCGGUUUACCUUGCGCCCUGGGCCCCCUGGCUCCUGCGGGUCCAUCCGAGCCAACCAGGGCCACUCCCUGAAGGUGACUGACCUGGAGCUGACGCCUCUAAGGACUCCCCACCUGCCCCCCAUUCUGGUCCAUGGAACGUACCAGCGCCACUGGCCCUCCAUCCGGCAGGAGGGUCUGUCUCGUCGCGGGAGGACCCACGUCCACCUGUCCCCUGGCCUGCCUGGGGAACCCCACAUCGUCAGUGGCAUGCGGCAGGACUGUGAGGUGGCCGUGCUCAUCGACGGGCCCUUGGCCCUGGCUGAGGGCAUCCUGUUCUUCCGCUCAGCCAAUGGGGUGAUCUUGACUCCAGGGGAUGCCAGGGGUUUCUUGCCCCCCAAGUACUUCAAAGAAGCCCUGCAGCUGGGCCCCCCAAGGAGGCCUCUUCCUCUGGCUGAAGAGGAGACAGAGGGUCAGAGAGGUCACCAGGGUGCCUUGGCCAACAGCUAAGGAAAGAACAUGGGGAGAAUCCAACUGUGAAAUAUUUAUUUAUAAAAAGACAAAUAAAAACUAAUAAAGAAAACAUUUCCUUCUUG